AUGGCGCUCUUCCAGGAAAUCCAGACUCCCGCUCUCAAAUACGAGCAGCCCCUGGGCCUGUUCAUCAACAACGAGUUCGUCAAGGGUGUCGAGGGCAAGACCUUCGAGACCAUCAACCCCCACAACGAGAAGCCCAUUGUCGCCGUCCACGAGGCCACGGAGAAGGAUGUCGACAUCGCCGUCAAGGCUGCCCGCGAAGCUUUGGAGGGCCCCUGGAAGCAUGUCACCCCGUCAGAGCGGGGUCGCUUGCUGACCAAGCUGGCUGACCUCUUCGAGCGUGAUGCCGAGAUCCUCGCCAACAUCGAAGCCCUUGACAAUGGCAAGGCUGUGAGCAUGGCCAGGCUGGACGUGGCCAACUCGGCUGGCUGCAUCCGUUACUACGGCGGCUGGGCCGACAAGAUCCACGGCCAGACCAUCGACACCGACUCCAGCAGCCUCAACUACACCCGCCACGAGCCCGUUGGUGUCUGCGGCCAGAUCAUCCCGUGGAACUUCCCCCUGCUCAUGUGGGCCUGGAAGAUCGGCCCCGCCAUCGCGACGGGCAACACCGUCGUGUUGAAGACGGCUGAGCAGACCCCGUUGUCGGGUCUGUAUGCCGCCAAGCUGGUCAAGGAGGCUGGCUUCCCGCCGGGCGUCAUCAACAUCCUCUCGGGCUUUGGCCGCGUCGCAGGUGCGGCCAUCUCGCACCACAUGGAUAUCGACAAGGUCGCCUUCACGGGCUCGACCCUGGUCGGCCGUCAGAUCCUGCAGGCGGCGGCCAAGAGCAACCUCAAGAAGGUCACGCUGGAGCUGGGUGGUAAGUCUCCCAACAUCGUCUUCCCGGACGCCAACAUCGACAACGCCAUCUCGUGGGUCAACUUUGGCAUCUACUUCAACCACGGGCAGUGCUGCUGCGCCGGCUCGCGGAUCCUGGUCCACGAGUCCAUCUACGACCAGUUCCUGGAGCGCUUCAAGCAGCGCACGCUGCAGAACAAGGUUGGCGACCCCUUCGCCAAGGACACCUUCCAGGGACCGCAGGUCUCCCAGCUCCAGUUUGACCGCAUCAUGGGCUACAUCGAGUCCGGCAAGCAGGACGGUGCCAAGGUGGUCACCGGUGGCAAGCGUCUCGGCAACGAGGGCUACUACAUCGAGCCUACUAUCUUCUCCGACGUCAAUGAGAACAUGAAGAUCGUCAAGGAGGAGAUCUUCGGACCGGUCUGCACGGUCCAGAAGUUCAAGGAUGAGGAGGAUGCGAUUCGCAUUGCCAACACCACCAACUACGGUCUGGCCGCUGCUGUGCACACCACCAACAUCAACACGGCGAUCCGUGUGUCCAACGCCAUCAAGGCGGGUACCGUCUGGGUCAACAACUACAACCUCCUCCACUACCAGUGCCCGUUCGGUGGCUACAAGGAGUCCGGUCUGGGCCGCGAGCUGGGCUCGUACGCUCUCGACAACUACACCCAGGUCAAGAUGUUGACCUCGUACAGUAGUGCCCCGCUUACUCCGUAUGUUAUUCGUGCCCGCGCCACUACUAAUUCAGUCCACUGUCCGGAGUACGGAGUAGGUAAACCCGUUAAGGAAAUGCCGUUAUUCGUUAAAACUUAA